GGUGCUGUUGGACGCUGAGUUCACCAGUGACCGACCCAGUGUGAGUCUGGACCGACCCAGUGUGAGUCUGGACCGACCCAGUGUGAGCUGCCUGCCUCCCGCCCACCGCUCCACAGCCUCACGAGGACGAGUAUUCAGUUCAGAUCAUGUCUAAGAAAGGAGGAAACCGCGGCCCGGAGGUCGAAGGGCUGGUGGAGGCCUCCAUCAUCCGGAUCCCGCCCCACCACUACAUCCACGUGUUGGACCAGAACACCAACAUCGCCCGGGUGGAGAUCGGACCGCUCACGUACAUCCGCCAGGACAAUGAACGGGUUCUGUUUGCACCCGUCCGUAUGGUCAUGGUGCCGCCGCGCCACUACUGCGUGAUCUUGAACCCGGUGACCCGCGACGAUGAUAAGCAGGUCCUCUUCGACCAGUCGGGUCAGGCCAAGCUCCGCCACGCCGACCUGGAGAUCCGUCUGACCCAGGACCCGUUCCCCCUGUACCCCGGGGAGGAGAUCCAGCAGGACGUGACUCCGCUGCAGAUCGUGUAUCCGGACACGGCGCUGCGUCUGCAGGCUCUGCUGGACUUCGACGAGCAGGGAGGAGAGAAGAGAGUCGCUGGAGACGAGUGGCUGUUUGAAGGACCAGGGACGUACAUCCCCAGGAAGGAGGUGGCGGUGCUGGAGACCAUCAAGGCCACGGUGAUCAGAGAGAACCAGGCCAUUAGACUGAGAGCUCGUAAGGAGGGAGUGGACAGAGGAGGCGUCCGCAGGGUCACAGGUGAGGAGUGGCUGGUCAGGAAGGUGGGAGCGUACCUUCCAGGAGCUCACGAGGAGGUCAUCGACAUUGUGAAUGCUUUCGUCCUGACUGACAAGAAAGCGCUUCAUGUCCGCGCCGUGCGGGCCUUUAAGGACGCCGGCGGGCGGGACCGGCGUACGGGCGAGGAGUGGCUCGUCACCAUGGCCGACAGGGAGGCCCACAUCCCCUCUGUGUCGGAGGAGGUGGUCGGGGUGGUGGAUGUGACCACUCUGAGCAGCAGGCAGUACUGUGUGAUCCUGGACCCGGUCGGAUCCGACGGGAAACCUCAGCUGGGGCAGAAGAGGGUGGUGAAGGGCGAGCGCUCAUUUUUCCUGCAGCCGGGUGAGCACCUUGAACAGGGCAUCCAGGACGUGUACGUGCUGUCGGAGGAGGAGGGUCUGGUGCUGAGAGCUGUGGAGGCCUUCAACGACACCGAGGAGCGUGAGGAGGAAGAGGAAGAGGCGGAAGAGGAGGAGCUGAUGCAGGAGAGGGCAAAGCGCUCGCGGAGGAGCGGCGUCCUCCGUCGCCCCGGAGACCGCUGGAUGCUGCGCGGCCCCAUCGAGUACGUCCCCCCCGCCACCGUAGAGGUGAUGCUGAGACGUCAGGCCAUCCCGCUGGACGAGAACGAGGGAAUCUACGUCAGAGACAUCAAAACUGGAAAGGUGCGAGCGGUGAUCGGUCACACCUACAUGCUGACUCAGGACGAGGAGCUGUGGCAGAAGGAGCUUCCACGUAACGUCGAGGCCCUGCUGGCUUCUCGUCUGGACCCGCUGGCCGACCGCUCGGACCGCACCGCGACCGAGGGGGCCGGGCCGAGGGACAAGACCAAGGUGGUCUCCUACAGGGUGCCUCACAACGCUGCCGUCCAGGUCUACGACUACAGGGAGAAGAAGGCCAGGGUGGUGUUCGGACCAGAGAUGGUGAUGCUGGGACCCGACGAGCAGUUCACCGUGCUGUCGCUGUCCGGAGACAAACCGAAGAGGGCCAACGUGAUCAAGGCCGUCUGCCUCCUGCUGGGACCGGACUUCUUCACCGACAUCAUCACCAUCGAGACGGCGGACCAUGCCCGCCUGCAGCUGCAGCUCUCCUACAACUGGCACUUUGAUAUGAAGUCUCCAGCCGACCGCGCCGAGGCAGCAGCUCUGUUCUCAGUCCCGGACUUUGUCGGAGACGCCUGUAAAGCCAUCGCCUCGCGGGUCAGAGGAGCCGUCGCCUCCGUGCAGUUCGACGAUUUCCACAAGAACUCGAACCGGAUCAUCUGCUCGGCCGUGUUCGGCUUCGAUGAGAAGCUGGCGGUUCGUCCCAGCCUUCGCUUCAGCCAGAACAACCUGGUGAUCAGCAGCGUGGACAUCCAGUCCGUGGAGCCCGUCGACCAGCGCACACGAGACGCCCUGCAGAAGAGCGUCCAGCUCGCCAUCGAGAUUACCACCAACUCCCAGGAGGCCACCGCACGCCACGAGGCGGAGCGUCUGGAGCAGGAGGCCCGGGGAAAGCUGGAGAGGCAGAGGAUCACCGACCAGGCCCAGGCUGAGAGAGCCAGGAAGGAGCUGCUGGAGCUGGAGGCGCUCAGCGCUGCGGUGGAGAGCACCGGAGCCGCCAAGGCUGAGGCUCAGUCUCGGGCGGAGGCUGCUCGUAUUCAGGGAGAGGCGGCGGUCAACGAGGCCAAACUGAAGGCUGAAGCUCAGAGGAUCGAGGCGGAGGCGGAGCUCCAACGCCUGGCAAAGGCUCGCGAGCAGGAGCUGAACUAUAAGAAGCAGAUGGACAAUCUGGAGGUGGAGAAGCAGAAACAUCUGGCUCAUAUCGAGAGCGAGCGCUUCAGUCAGCUGGUGCAGAGUCUGGGCAGCGACACGCUGAAGGAGAUCGCCAGAGCCGGACCCGAGCUGCAGGUGAAAAUGCUCCAGGCUCUGGGGCUGAAGUCCACCCUCAUCACAGACGGAACGUCACCCAUCAACCUCUUCACCACAGCCAACGGCCUGCUGGGGGCGCUGCCGGGCCAGGGCCAGGGCCAGGGCCAGUGAGGAGGAAGAGGAGGAGGAGGAAGUGUCCAAAAGUAAACGUCAAAAGAAGCUCAUGUUACUGACAAACAGUCACUUUAGUGUUUCUGUCGGCCGAUAUUAAAGCGAGAUAAUGUGCCUUUUGUACAAUUUAAAGAUGCACUCAGACGUCUGUAGAUGGUUUAAAACUCCGCUGUAUGGCUCUGUAACAAAAGCAGACAGUGCAUCUUUAUAAUCAACGUUUUUGUAACUUUGAAGUAAAAACUGGAACCAGGUUUUAUGACCACAGAAUUUAAUUCAAUUCACAAAGUAAAAAUCUACAUUGAAACUCUCCUGUUGAACUAAAGAUUAACAACUGUGUGAGAAAAUAUCUGAUUCUGUGAUAAAGAGUCAAAAGCCUGUGGACACAAGAACUGAACGAAAGAAACCGAACUACAACUCCCAGGAUGCAUUUCACUAACAAACAUCCAAUUGAAAGCUGAUUUUAUGACCGAUUGUGGGUCAGCUUUGGAUGAAAUCAGUAACCAUGGCGACGAGGUUUGUUCACAACUGCAACAAAAUCAUUAACAUCCUGAUUCAUACUUCUGAUUGUGUCCUUCUCCAUAGCAACAGCAGCUGAGGCUCAUGGGUAUUGUAGUAUUUAUAGCCGCCCACAAAACGGACAAAAAAAAAGUUGAAAUAAUUAAAACUUAAAAUAUCGUUAUUUUAUUCUUUCUGUGGAGGAUAACAAAAGACAAUACAGACGCUCCUCAUACAAAGUUCCUAAGCCCCGCCCCUUUUCGCUCUGUGCUCCAAUAACAUUUGAGCAAGCCUCAACUUCCUCCUUUCCUGUACUUAGAUAUGCUACAUGCUAAGCUAAUCUAUGUUGGAAAGACAACCACAUUUUGAAGAUGGUUAAAAGAUAAAAUGCAUAUAUAUAUAUAUAUACAAAUCUAGUUUGUUAGUAUUUUACUAACAUUAACAGACUUAAGAUGUGAAUAUAUAUAUAUAUAUAUAUAUAUAUAUAUGCAUUUUAUCUUUUAACCAUCUUCAAAAUGUGGUUGUCUUUCCAACAUAGAUUAGCUUAGCAUGUAGCAUAUCUAAGUACAGGAAAGGAGGAAGUUGACCGAGGCUUGCUCAAAUGUUAUUGGAGCACAGAGUGAAAAGGGGCGGGGCUUAGGAACUUUAAUGAUACUUUUGGUUUAUAUUUUGAGUCGUUUCAACUUGGAAACAGACCCUAUAACUACUACUACAGUAUCCAUGAGUCUUAGCAGCGGUUGCUAUGGAGAAGAAGCCAGAAUACCCGUCACCAUGGUUACUAAUUUCAUCUCCAACUGAUCCAGAAUCAGACCGUUUCAUCAGGUUCCUACACAGCGUGAACGUCGUUAGCUGAGAACAACAGAAUCUGAAGCUCUGUGAUGGGAUGUUUGUUAGUGAAAUGCAUCUUGGGAGUUGUAGUUUUUAGGUUCACAGGCUUCUUCUGAUAUUUUCUAACACCGCUGCUGAUGAUCUUUUGUUCUCCAACUGUGAAUCAUCCAACUUCAUCUGUAAGAGAACAAAAAUACCUUCUUCCACCAAACGACUCUGUGACGACAGACAUUAUAAUGUUUCAUAAGCUCUAAAUCUGUGUUUCACUGACCUCCAGUGGUUGAAGGUAUUAGAGGUCAGUGAGACGGUGUUUAUGAGCUCUUUAACGUGCACUUUCAGCUCCUCAGAGGUUUACUUUUGGACAGGUAACCAGCAUGUAAUGUCCCGAUGGAAAGAAAAAAAGAACCAGACAGCCAAAUAUUCCUGUUCCUGCUUUGCACUAUAUCCUCUAGAAAUAGAAGUGAACAGUUAAUACUGAUGUUUACAUAUUAAACAUUGUGUGCAGUGGCAAUAAAAUAGAACCAGGACAGUCUGACUGCCCUUCGCUGCCUUCCUAAGUGCUGUUUCUACAUAAAGAAGCCAUUAAAGUGCUGCUGCUGUCCA